UCAGCUUCUGCAAUGUGACCUGCCUGAAACUUGGGCACUUCUUCAGUCUGGAUGUUGAUGGCAGGACAAAGGGGCACCUGGACCAUGGACAACGUGGUAGAGAAGAGUUUGGAAGGGCCCCUGGCACCUUCUACAGAUGAGCCCUCCCAGAAAAGGGGAGACCUGGUAGAAAUCUUAAAUGGGGAUAAGGUAAAAUUUGACGACACUGGACUCUCCUUAAUUCUGCAGAAUGGCCUGGAGACCCUCCGAGUGGAAAACGCUCUGACAGACGUCAUCUUGUGUGUGGACAUUCAGGAAUUCUCCUGCCACCGCGUGGUGCUUGCCGCGGCCAGCAACUAUUUCAGGGCCAUGUUCUGCAAUGAUUUAAAGGAAAAGUAUGAGGAGAGGAUCAUCAUCAAAGGGGUCGACGCGGAGACCAUGCACACUCUUCUGAACUACACGUACACCAGCAAGGCGCUGAUCACCAAGCAGAACGUCCAGCGGGUCCUGGAAGCUGCUAACCUUUUCCAGUUCCUGCGGAUGGUGGAUGCCUGUGCGAGCUUCCUCACAGAAGCCUUGAACCCAGAAAACUGUGUUGGAAUACUGAGGCUGGCAGACACACAUUCCUUGGACAGUCUAAAGAAGCAGGUUCAAAGUUACAUCAUCCAGAACUUUGUGCAGAUCCUGAACUCCGAAGAGUUCCUUGAACUUCCUGUGGAUACCCUGUACCACAUCUUGAAGAGCGAUGACCUUUAUGUGACAGAAGAGUCUCAGGUGUUUGAGACUGUGAUGAGCUGGGUCAGGCACAAACAGUCAGAACGACUCUGCUUGCUCCCCUAUGUCCUGGAGAACGUGCGCUUGCCACUUCUGGACCCAUGGUACUUUGUGGAGAUGGUGGAAGCGGAUCCUCUCAUCAGACAAUGCCCAGAGGUCUUCCCGCUGCUACAGGAAGCCAGGAUGUACCACCUUUCUGGCAAUGAGAUCAUUUCGGAGCGCACCAAGCCCAGGAUGCAUGAGUUCCAGUCUGAGGUGUUCAUGAUCAUCGGUGGCUGCACGAAGGAUGAACGGUUUGUGGCGGAGGUAACCUGCCUGGAUCCCCUGAGGCGCAGCCGCCUGGAGGUGGCCAAGCUCCCCAUGACAGAGCACGAGCUGGACAGUGAGAAUAAGAAGUGGGUGGAGUUUGCAUGCGUGACAUUAAAAAAUGAGGUCUACAUCUCAGGUGGCAAAGAAACACAGCAUGAUGUUUGGAAAUAUAAUUCUUCAAUCAACAAGUGGAUUCAAAUUGAGUAUUUGAACAUAGGCCGCUGGAGGCAUAAGAUGGUGGUGCUCGGGGGCAAGGUCUAUGUGAUCGGAGGUUUCGAUGGCUUGCAGAGGAUCAACAAUGUGGAGACCUAUGACCCCUUCCACAACUGCUGGUCAGAGGCUGCACCCCUCCUUAUCCAUGUCAGUUCCUUCGCAGCCACCAGCCAUAAGAAGAAGCUCUAUGUGAUUGGGGGAGGGCCCAAUGGGAAACUGGCCACGGACAAGACUCAGUGUUACGACCCUUCAACCAAUAAGUGGAAUUUAAAGUCGACCAUGCCAGUAGAGGCUAAAUGCAUCAAUGCAGUGAGUUUCCGGGACCGUAUCUAUGUGGUUGGAGGGGCCAUGAGAGCGCUGUACGCCUACAGCCCUCUGGAGGACAGCUGGUGCCUGGUGACCCAGCUCAGCCACGAGAGGGCCAGCUGCGGCAUCGCGCCCUGCAACAACCGGCUCUACAUCACUGGCGGGCGGGACGAGAAGAACGAGGUCAUCGCCACGGUGCUGUGCUGGGACCCCGAGGCCCAGAAACUGACGGAGGAGUGCGUCCUGCCCCGGGGGGUGUCGCACCACGGCAGUGUCACCAUCAGGAAGUCGUACACCCACAUUCGGAGGAUCGUGCCUGGAGCUGUGUCGGUCUGACUGCGGGAGCGCGGAGGGCGGAGCCACGCGGGGAGCCCUCCUCCCUCUCCCCCGCAUCGGUCGCUCUAAAGCAGCUAGCGGAGCUUGAGUUACAGGCUGUGCAUACAUCAGGGGCUCACCGCAGCUCCCCAUGGCGGCUCCUUGGAAGUCACAGCUUUGGGACUUGAGACCAGCCAGAACUGUCUGUGAGACCUACCUCAGGAGGAAAGAAGAAUAAUACUUGACAUUCAAGACACACCUGUCCCAUGCCAGGUUUGAUACCGGGCACUUUUGUAUACCAAUUCCUUUAACCGUCAAAUGACCUGGUGACUGGAUUUUAUUACUCCCAUUCUACAGGUGAGAAAACCGAGUUUAAGAGAGGCUAAGUGAUUUGCCCCAGGUCAGUCAGAUUACAAGUUAGCUAAACCAGGAGUCUAAACCCAGGUCUUCCAAUUUCAAAGUUAGUGUAGGUUCUGUCAUGUUGUCUAUCUCAGAACAUGGUAAACACAAAACAGCUCAUUUUUGUUCUGACAAGUUUGCUAAAGGAUUCACUCAGCAAGGCAGGGAAAUAAAGGUGCUUCUUUUUUUCUUUUCUUCUUUCCCUUAUAUUUAAACCAUUUGGGAUCUUUGGUGUGGAAACCUUGGGCCCCUUGUCAAGAGCAUCUCAUAGGUUGUUCCAUCUGACAGUUCUGGGGAGACGGGUCUGGGAAGACCUGUUUGCUAUGAAAGAUGUAAAAGACUUCUGUCCUCCCCUCUAUUUUUUAUGAUCACAGGAGGCCCAUUGUGGACUGGAACUGUCAUGGCUGGACAGAACUGUACCUUCAGCACAGGCCAGUGCCCUAGCCUCUCAGUGUCCAACAGUUGUAUUGCAAUGUAGAAAAGGUUUUUGCAGAGACUCAGAAUACCGUUUUUUGUUUUUCCAGGGCGGGGGGAGGGUUGUCUUUGGUUUUGUUUCUUCAGUGUAAACAUCCUUACAUUGCUGGCCACUGCUGAAUGACUGGCUCUUCUUGACAGCACACUUUCUACUUUUUAGACAGUGAUUUGGGUCCAUGUCCCUGUGACCCCACCCUCCUGGAACCUUCGUUUUCAGGAUCCUUUUAUUCCCUUCUAUUUGGUUUUUGGAUCAGCUUGGCAUAGUUUUGACUCAAA